AUGGAUGUGACUGCGAUGCUGAACACGGCCUCAACGGCCGCGGCUAUGGAACCGAAUUUGGAAAUGAUUCACGAACGGAAAGACAGCAGCGACGACGACUUUACAGACUCGGCGCAGACACCAUCGGCAACGACAGGAGACAGCACGGCCCCGUCGAGUGUGGUUGCGACCCCGCUGGAGAAGACACCGUCCCGCCGGUCAAGCGAUUCACGGGCCCCGAACCGGAACCGGACACCGUGGGAUGCCGGCGGCUAUUCGCUGUCGAUGGCGCUCGACAACACAAAGAAGCUUGUUCAGACGUCACCAAACACACUGCAUGUGCUGCCAUCGUCAAUGACGUCAACAACACUUCCCGAAAGCGUCGACACUGCAUCAACAGCGGUGCCCGUUGGUAGCACAUCGCCGCGGCACAAAUUCUCCGACAGCCGGAGCAGCUUGUCGUCGGCGUACACUAACGCAUCGUCCACCAACUCAGUCACCCACUCGCGCAUCUCGUCGCUGUCGACUGUGUCCGAGAACCAGCCGCUGUCCAAUUUGAUUGCUGACUUUUCGCUCUUGGAGACGCGGAUUUCCGAGCCCUGCAUUGGCGGUAUUCCGGCGAGCAUAGUAUCAUGCCAGGGUCUCCAGUAUCAACAGCAACAACACCAGCUCAAGCUGCAGCAGUAUUCUCUUACAGCAACCCAGCUUCCGCCGUCACAAGAGCGUGCUGGUGGCGAGGCAGACCGGCUGAAUUACCAGCCAGAGUCACCAACGCCUGUCCGGUCACGGCAUGACAUGUCCAUGGGCGGAUCGCCAGGGCCCAGCCCACGGUCACCCGGCCGGGCCCAGUCACCAUCUGACGCCAUGCUUAUCCAGCGGUCAGGACAACCCGAAGAGACCGACUAUUUCCAAAGCCCGUCAAGGUAA